AGAGGGCUCAUCGCGCUGUGCUGCUGUCACUUCCCCACUGCUAAAGCAACAAGGAUAACCAAGAGUGCUAGCUGACACGAAUCGGCGAUCAGAAAUUUGGGGGAUUCUUAAAAGCGUGGCCUUUCUAGAUCGUUUUCGUCAUCCUGUGUGGAAGACCAGAGCAUUUUUUUUCCCGUCUGACGGCGUGGAGCAUCGCUGGCUCUUUUCAACAUGGACUAAUGUGCAACCGGCGAGGCUUGCAGCAGUGAGGCUGCCAGUAGAUGAGUGACCUACGCCAUGCCGCCGGGGGUCUACUACGGCAUGCAGGAUGUGUGGGAGAAGGAGGGUCGGGAGCAGGUCAACAUGGAGUUCCUCCUCCCCACGGGGAUCUACCUCAGUUUUCCCGUAGCACGCAGUGACACCAUCGGUGCAAUUAAGAAGAUGGUGUGGAAGCACGCCAGGAGUGAGCCUCUCUUCAAUGUCCUGAGCGACCCCGACGCCUAUGUGUUCACCUGCAUCAACCGCACGGCUGAGCGUGAGGAGCUGGAGGAUGAGCAGAGGCGUCUAUGUGACGUCCAGCCCUUCAUGCCCGUGCUCCGUCUGGUGGCCCGCGAGGGAGACCGGGUGGAGAAGCUCAUCAACACCCAGAUCAGCCUGCUCCUAGGGAAAGGUCUGCAUGAGUUUGAUGCCCAGAAGAACCACGAGGUGGCUGAAUUCCGAACGAAAAUGCGCUCCUUCUGCGAGGAGAAGGCUCAAGACAGGCAGCGGUUACCAUGGCAUCAGUGGAUGGAGUACAACUUUCCCUGCGACUUAGAGCCGUUCUCCAGAGCAGCACAAAGUGGGAAAUCUCGCAGCGUUAAAAAGAUCUUUAUCAACGUCAAGUUUGAGGCCAGCGAGGAGAGCUUCAUGCUGCAGCUGGACCCACAGGACAUGCCAGUGGUCCUGAUGCGGAGCGCGCUCAAGAAAAAGGCCACAGUUUUUCGGCCAGUCAAGCAGGAGAAACCAGAAGACUACACCCUGCAGGUCAACGGGAGGUGGGAGUUCAUCUAUGGGAAAAACCCACUGUGCCAGUUUAAAUACAUUUUCUCGUGUUUGUAUGGAGGCCAGACUCCACAUUUGACCAUGGUGCACCACUCCACUAUCACUAAGUACCAGGAGGAGCAGGGCACCCUGAGUAGCCAAGUCUCCAAGAGCCGCUCUCUGUCUAAACCUCCGCCUCUGCCUCUGAAGAAGCAAAACACAACAUCGCUGUGGUCCAUUCAUGAACCAUUCUACAUUCACCUGCUGCAGGGCUCUCGGGUCAACGCAGACGAAAGCAUGAAGCUGGUGGUACAGGCCGGACUCUUCCAUGGAAGUGAGCUCCUCUGCAAGGUCGUGACCAGCAGUGAGGUCAGCGUGUGUUCAGAUCCCGUGUGGGACCAGAAGCUGGCGUUUGAGAUUAACCUGUGUGACCUUCCUCGCAUGAGCCGCCUCUGUUUCGCCCUCUAUGGCGUGCUAGAGAAGACCAAGAAGCAACGCUCCACCAAGAAAAAGAAAAAGGCUGACUGCCCUUUGGCCUGGGUGAACACAAUGGUGUUUGACUACAAGGACCAGCUGAAGACUGGAGAGUUCUUAUUGUCCACCUGGCCUUCAGCUCCAGAUGAUAAAGGAGAUCUGCUGAAUCCUAUGGGGACAGUAGAGAGGAACCCCAACAUCGACAGCACUGCUGGCCUCCUCAUUCGCUUCUCCAACUUCAGACCCCAUCCCCUCUGCUACCCACCGCUUGAAAAGCUGAAUGAAGCUGAGCGAAACGGCGAGAAGAUCAGCGCUUCGAAGGAGGAGCAUCAGAAACUGAAAGAGAUAGUGGACAAUAAAAACCACACCGAGUUCUUUGAGGAUGAGAAAGAGCUGCUGUGGAAGUUGCGUGGGGAGGUGAGAGCGCAUUACCCGGAGAGCCUCUCCAAACUCCUCCUCAUCACCAAGUGGAAUAAACAUGAGGACGUGGCCCAGAUGGUGUGUUUGCUCCGGAAAUGGCCAGACCUGCCAGCCUUGCAUGCUCUGGAGCUGCUGGACUACAGCUUCCCUGACCCCCACGUCCGCUCCUUCACCAUCCGCUGCCUCAGGAAACUGCGUGAUGAUGAGCUAUUUCAGUACCUCCUGCAGCUGGUGCAGGUUCUAAAAUAUGAGUCCUACCUGGACUGUGACUUAACCACUUUCCUCCUGGAGAGAGCUCUGUCUAAUAAGAAGAUAGGCCACUUCUUGUACUGGCACCUCAGGUCAGAAAUGCAUGUAUCUUCCGUCAGUCUGAGAUUUGGCCUUAUCCUGGAAGCCUACUGCAGAGGAAGCAUCUACCAUAUAAAGAGCCUAAUGAAGCAGAAUGAAGCUCUGAAUAAGAUGAAGGCUCUGAAUGACUUUGUAAAGUCAGGCAGUCAGAAGUCAACGUCCAGGUCACAGAUCACAGAAGAUAUGAAGCUCUGCAUUAAACAGGACACAUACGUGGAGGCUCUUUCCGACACUGUGUCCCCCCUCAACCCUAACAUCAUCCUCUCCGACAUCUGCACAGAGAAGUGUAAGUUUAUGGAUUCUAAGAUGAAGCCUCUCUGGCUGAUGUAUAAGAACAAGUGGGUGCAAGCAGACACCGUGGGCAUUAUCUUCAAGAAUGGAGACGAUUUGCGACAAGACAUGCUGACCCUUCAGAUGAUUCAGCUAAUGGACAUUUUGUGGAAGACUGAAGGGCUGGACCUCAGAAUGAUCCCGUAUGGUUGCUUGUCCACCGGGAAUAAGACGGGCGUCAUCGAGGUGGUGAAAAGCUCGGACACCAUCGCCAACAUCCAGAGAAACAACAGCAACAGUGCCGCCACUGCUGCCUUCAACAAAGACGCUCUUCUGAACUGGCUGAAGUCCAAGAACCCAGGGGAUAAACUGGACCAGGCCAUUGAGGAGUUCACGCUGUCCUGUGCAGGCUACUGUGUAGCUACAUAUGUUCUGGGUAUUGGAGAUCGCCACAGUGACAACAUCAUGAUCAGGGAGAAUGGCCAGUUAUUCCAUAUAGAUUUUGGGCAUUUUCUGGGGAACUUCAAGGCGAAGUUUGGAAUCAACAGAGAACGUGUGCCUUUCAUUCUGACAUACGACUUUGUCCAUGUAAUUCAGCAAGGACGGACCAACAACAGUGAGAAGUUUGAACGAUUUCGUGAAUGCUGUGAACAAGCCUAUAAGAUCCUUUGUCGGAAUGGAACUCUCUUCGUGAACCUGUUUGCCUUGAUGAGAGCUGCAGGGCUUCCUGAGCUCAGUUCCUCCAAAGACAUUCAGUACCUAAAGGACUCCUUAGCACUGGGCAAAUCUGAGGAGGAGGCACUGAAGAACUUUAAAGUGAAGUUCAACGAAGCUCUCCGAGAAAGCUGGAAGACCAAGGUUAACUGGAUGGUACACACUUUUGCCAAAGACAACAGAUGAACGGUGGCAAGUCCAGGAGAAGCUUCUACGAAUCAGCAGGAGUCGUUUCUAAGCCAGGAUUUGAAAUGAAGCAGCUUCUAGAAGAGUGGAAAUUGUUCUGCCUGUCUUUUUAGUUUGCCUUGUUUUAUGGUAAACGUCUUCACAAUCUGCUCGGUGAAGGAUUAUGCCUGUAAAAUGUAUUAUGUAUUUAUGAAUUUAAUAGUUUGUGUGGAAAAACAUUGGAAAAUAGAUCCAAAAACAAAACAAGCCACAAAUUUAACAAAUGUAAUCAUUGGUUUGCCACUAAUUUAAAUGCUGUUACUGACCUGAUGCUUUAUUACUGUUCGAGGCACUGGGAAAUGCUCUGAAAUAUCGUGAUCUAAAAGCAUUUAUGUAUUUAUGACUUCUAGUUGUACAGAGAAGAUUGACUACUGGCCAGAAGAAAGAAACACGUUCUGUGUUUCGUAUAGUUUACAUUCAUUUUUAAACGUUUACUUUAUCUAUAUUUGUACUUGAAAGUUUUGGUUGUAAAUAUUUCUUUUUUGUGUCUUGAAUUUGGUAUUUAAAGUUUUGAGCAGUAUUUUGGAUUAUAAUUUUUAAUUAUAUGUACAAAGGGAAAUUCAUGAGAUUAUUCAUAAUUGUGCAGAUGAAAUUAUGUUUUUUGUCAUGGCAAAGCAGAAGUGAACCUUCUUUAUUUGUUGGAUGUGCUUGGCCUGUGAAAUGAAAUACAUGGCUUUUAUUAGGAGCUGGACACUUUAGGGCCUGCUGUCCACGCCAGCGUUGGCCUGCGCUGUUCCACGCUUCACUGAGGAUGUGUGCACUCCAUGAAAACGGAUCAGUUUAAUUGAUCUACCUCUUUGGUAAACUUCAGGGCAAGUUGAAAUACUGAAUUUGUCUUGUUAUUUUCAAGAUUUGUUUGUUUUUGUUUUUUUAACAGUUGCAGUUGUAAACAAUAUGUGCCUAUGUUCAAGAGUAACUGCACUCAAACACUUUGGGUUACUGCUGUUUUACAGUGAGCUUGUCUUAGAUUGGACAGUCCUGGUCUUUUUCUCAAUAUUUAAGUGCAGAUGUGGAUAUUUGGUAUUUUUGUUGUAAAUCUUGCUUUUUUUUUAAGGAUGAAGCCAAUGCUUUUCAUGAAUGCCACUCAGUGUUCGCCACUUUGGGUACUUUCUGCAGUUUGGAUUUGGUGGAGUACGUCGGGGGAGUUAAUUCAGCAAUCAAAGAAAGAUUGAGAUUGGGAACGAAGGACGUUUUGAGUGAACUAUAUUAAUAUGAUUCUUAUGAACCUAAUCACUUUCUUUGUGCUAAGAACUCUGGUAGCCAAAACUGAGGGAAUAUUACAAAUUGUUACAAGUGUGUAACAGUUACAAAUGUGAAAAUGAUUUUCCGCCUACGUAGCAAUCACUGCACCCUCAACUUCUUUUGCAGUUCUCUUCAGAGGUCCAGAGAAGGUCAGUUACGCCUUUAGGAUGUGCCUAAGGUUUUCUUUUUGUUUGUUUGUUUUUUUUAACAAGUGUGGCAUUCUCUGUGCAAUCCUUGCGUGCAAGGUGAUGCUCUAUGUACAGCGCAUAGUUUGCUAAACAAAUGCUUUGAAUGUCAUAAAGAAAUCCAGACAAACUUUCUUGAUUCAUCAA